CUCAAGAGUGGCACUUAAGUAAAUAUUACUUUCCACCAGUGACAGCAGCUAACGGUUUUACUUGAAAUCUUCUAAUCUGGCAACACCGGGCUCGAGCUCCCUGCUACUGCCAUGUAUAGCAGGGCGAUAGCUAUCAUACAUCCUGAGUGAGUCUACAUUUGGUUUGCAACCCAUACGCACAUCUAUGGACGCCGAGGUUGUCACCAAAUGUCUUGACGGGUGUCACUACAUAACGUAUUACAGGUUGUCUGAAGCGUGACACUCGGCCCUGCGUGGAUACCAGCCGACCAGCAGAUGGCAGAGCAGACCGGCCUUCUCUCCAAUGUGACCCUGCUCUGCAGCUCCACGGUCAAACAACCAGCCCCUUCCCACUGAACAAAACCACGCAGACGCACACACACAGAGCUACCUGUCCACUGUCUGUGUCACACACUACAGAGCCACUUAAAGGCAGAGAAAGAUAUUUGAAAAACAAGGCAGCAGCUGCACAGGUGGAGCUGCAGGGAAAUCAGGAGCUAAUUCUACUAAAGAAGUGUGUCCGAUGGGUGGAGGCGCCAGCCGGCUGUACAGCACCCCGACUCAGACCCACAGCAGCUCUCCCCUCCCCCUCCCCCUCCCCCUGUCCCAGCAGCCUGACAACACAAACAUGUCUGUCUUACAGCAGCAGAAGGGGUCCCCUGCAUGUCCCCCCGAUCCAGCGGCGCUGCUUCGACAGUGUGAAGAGGCCCUCGGUGACCGACCACAUCGCCUCCACAGGAAGUUCACUCACCUCAACGAUGGAGACAGCGCCCCCAGCAGCCCCAUCAGGCUGAUGCAAUGGAACAUCCUGGCCCAAGCCCUGGGCGAGGGACUUGACAGUUUUGUCCAGUGUUCUCCGGAGGCCCUCAGCUGGUCCCGUAGGAAGUACCUCAUCCUAGAGGAGAUCCUCACCUACCGCCCUCAUAUCCUGUGUCUGCAGGAAGUCGACCACUACUAUGACACCCUUCAGCCGGUUCUGGCAGGCCUGGGUUACAGCAGCAACUUCUGCCCCAAACCCUGGUCGCCGUGCCUGGAUGUGGAGGGCAACAACGGCCCUGACGGCUGCGCGCUGUUCUUCGAUCAGUCGCGGUACGAGUUCCUGGACAGCGUGAGCAUACGCCUCUCUGCCAUGAGGAUUCCAACCAAUCAGGUUGCCGUGGUGACAAUGCUGCGUUGCCGGAGCACAGGGAGAUGCGUGUGCGUGGCCGUGACCCAUCUGAAGGCUCGUUCUGGCUGGGAGUGGCUCCGCAGCGCCCAGGGCUCCGACCUGCUGCGACACCUCCAGAACGUGAUCCAGAAACAAGCCGGUGAUCCGGCGGGUGCCCCCAGCUCUGACAUUCCUCUGCUCAUAUGUGGAGAUUUCAACGCAAUCCCAACUGAGGAGGUGUACCGGCGUUUCGCCGCGUCGCCUCUCGGUUUGGACUCUGCCUAUAAGAAACUCAGUCACAACGGUUUGACUGAGCCGGCGUACACGACAUGGAAAAUCCGGCCUACAGGGGAAUGCUGCUCCACUCUGGACUACAUCUGGUACAGUCAGCACACACUGAGGGUCGAUGCCGUUUUGGACAUGCCCACUGAGGAACAGAUUGGGCCAAACAGGCUUCCGUCCUUCAGCUAUCCAUCUGACCAUCUCUCUCUGGUGUGUGACUUCAGCUUUAAGGAGACGUGAGAAGGAAACGAUGAACAC